UGGCUCUGGCACCCGGGUCCCCGCCAGCCGGCCCGGCAGGGGCUGCCGCUGCCUGAUUCGCGCUGUCAGGACAGAGGCCCGCUCUGCCGGGCCGCCCCUGUCCCGAGCGCCAGGGCUGCGCGGCCCCGCGGAGGGUGCGGGCUUUGUUCGCUUGUCUGCGCGCACCUGAGCGCGGCCUUCCCGGGACGACGGCACUGGGGAAAGAGCGCACCUGGCGUGCGCCUCCCUCCUGGCCUCUCGCGGUCCGCCCCGGGCGAGUCUGGAGAGGGGCGCGGUCCGCAGUUACAUCAACAUGCCCCCUUUCCUGUUGCUGGAAACCGUCUGUAUUUUCCUGUUUUUCAGAGUGCCCCCAUCUCUAUCUCUCCAGGAAGUCCAUGUAAGCAGAGAAACCAUUGGGAAGAUUUCAGCUGCCAGCAAAAUGAUGUGGUGCUCAGCUGCAGUGGACAUCCUGUUUCUGCUAGAUGGGUCUCACAGCAUCGGGAAAGGGAGCUUUGAAAGGUCCAAGCACUUUGCCAUCACAGUCUGUGACGCUCUGGACAUCAGCCCCGAGAGGGUCAGAGUGGGAGCAUUCCAGUUCAGUUCCACUCCUCAUCUGGAAUUCCCCUUGGAUUCAUUUUCAACCCAACAGGAAGUGAAGGCAAAAAUCAAGAGGAUGGUUUUCAAAGGAGGGCGCACGGAGACAGGACUUGCUCUGAAAAACCUUCUGCACAGAGGGUUCCCUGGAGGCAGAAAUGCCUCUGUGCCCCAGAUCCUCAUCAUCAUCACUGACGGGAAGUCCCAGGGGCACGUGGCACUGCCGGCCAAGCAGCUGAAGGAAAAGGGUGUCACUGUGUUUGCUGUAGGGGUCAGGUUUCCCAGGUGGGAGGAGCUUCACACACUGGCCAGUGAGCCGAGAGAGCAGCACGUGCUGUUGGCUGAACAGGUGGAGGACGCCAGCAAUGGCCUCUUCAGCACCCUCAGUAGCUCUGCUAUCUGCACCAGUGCCACGCCAGACUGCAGGGUCGAGGCUCACCCCUGUGAGCGCAGGACAUUGGAGAUGGUCCGGGAGUUCGCUGGCAACGCCCCGUGCUGGAGAGGAUCACGGCAGACCCAGGCAGUGCUGGCUGCACUCUGUCCCUUCUACAGCUGGAAGAGAGUGUUCCGAACCCAGCCCACCACCUGCUACAGGACCGCCUGCCCAGGUCCUUGUGACUCACAGCCCUGCCAGAAUGGAGGCACGUGUGUUCCCGAAGGACUGGACGGGUACCAGUGCCUCUGCCCACUGGCCUUCAGAGGGGAGGCUAACUGUGCCCUGAAGCUGAGCCUGGAAUGCAGGAUCGACCUCCUCUUCCUGCUGGACAGCUCUGCAGGCGCCACACUGGAUGGCUUCCUGCGGACCAAAGCGUUUGUGAAGCAGUUUGUGCAGGCCGUGCUGAGCGAGGACUCUCGGGCCCGAGUGGGUGUGGCCACGUACAGCAGGGAGCUGCUGGUGGCAGUGCCCGUGGGAGAGUACCAGGAUGUGCCUGACCUGGUCAGGAGCCUCGAUGGCAUCCCCUUCCGUGGUGGCCCCACACUGACGGGCAGUGCCUUGCGGCAGGCAGCAGAGCGUGGCUUCGGGAGCGUCACCAGGACAGGCCAGGAUCGGCCACGUAGAGUGGUGGUUCUGCUCACUGAGUCACGUGCCGAGGAUGAGGUGUCCGGCCCAGCUCGUCACGUAAGGGCACGAGGGCUGCUCCUGCUGGGCGUAGGCAGUGCGGCCAGGCGGGCAGAGCUAGAGGAGAUCACGGGCAGCCCGAAACACGUGAUGGUCUACUCAGACCCUCAGGACCUGCUCAACCAAAUCCCUGAGCUGCAGGGGAAGCUGUGCAGCCAGCCGCGGCCAGGCUGCAAGACACAAGCUCUGGACCUCGUCUUCAUGUUGGACACCUCCACCUCAGUAGGGCCUGAGAACUUUGCUCAGAUGCAGAGCUUUGUGAGAAGCUGUGCUCUCAAGUUUGAGGUGAACCCUGAUGUGACACAGGUCGGCCUGGUGGUGUAUGGCAGCCAGGUGCAGACUGCCUUCGGGCUGGACACCAAACCCACCCGGGCUGCGGUGCUACGGGCCAUUAGCCAGGCCCCCUACCUGGGUGGGGUGGGCUCGGCCGGCACUGCCUUGCUGCACAUCUAUGACAAGGUGAUGACUGUCCAGAGGGGCGCCCGGCCUGGUGUCCCCAAAGCUGUGGUGGUGCUCACAGGUGGGAGAGGCGCAGAGGAUGCAGCUGUCCCUGCCCAGAAACUGAGGAACAAUGGCAUCUCUGUCUUGGUCGUGGGCGUGGGGCCUGUUCUAAGCGAGGGUCUGCGGAGGCUUGCUGGUCCCUGGGACUCCCUGAUCCACGUGGCAGCUUAUACCGACCUGCAGUACCAUCAGGACGUGCUCAUUGAGUGGCUGUGUGGAGAAGCCAAGCGGCCAAUCAACCUCUGCAAACCCAACCCGUGCAUGAACGAGGGCAGCUGCGUCCUGCAGAAUGGAAGCUACCGCUGCGAGUGCCAGGAUGGCUGGGAGGGCCCCCACUGCGAGAACCGGUUCUUGAGAGGAGAUGCCCCAGAGGCACGUGGCUCCCGCGCAGGAGGGCAGCAGCUGUACCCCUCCCAGCAACUGCAGAGAAGGCCUGGGCACUGAAAUGGUGCCUGCCCUCUAGAAGGUCUGUUCCCUUGGGGUCCUUCCUGCUGUGUCCAGAAGCGCUAUCUCACCAAGGUAGGAGGAUGUCCUGACUGCAGCCAUGCUGCUUAGGGACAAGAAAGCAGCUGAUGUCACUGGCUAAGGACGUUGUUGAAACCUUUUGAUGUGUAAGUAAAGACCGACUUUCUGUA